AUGAAAGGGGAGACCCCUGUGAACAGCACUAUGAGUAUUGGGCAAGCCCGCAAGAUGGUGGAACAGCUUAAGAUUGAAGCCAGCUUGUGCCGGAUAAAGGUGUCCAAGGCAGCAGCAGACCUGAUGACUUAUUGUGAUGCCCACGCCUGUGAGGAUCCCCUCAUCACCCCUGUGCCCACUUCGGAGAACCCUUUCCGGGAGAAGAAAUUCUUCUGUGCUCUCCUCUGA